GGCGGCGCGGCCGGCCGACGGCCCGCGCCGCGCGGCAGGGCGCUGCCGACGGCGCGCGACUGCCGGAAGUACGCGCGGCUGUUCCUCCGCACGGACGGCGACGGCGACGGGGCCGUGUCCGCCGCGGAGGCCGCGGAGCUAUGGCGGCGCUCGGGUCUGCCGGAGGGGGUGCUGGCCACUGUCUGGGACCUGUCGAACGUGAGCCGCAGCGGGCAGCUGUCGUUCCCCGAGUUUGUGGCGGCCAUGCACCUCAUCCAGCGUGCACGGGCUGGCUGGCAGCUGCCUCGCCCCCCAGAGGGGCUGCCGGACGCGCUGCUGGGGGCGCUGGCGGCCAUCCGGGAGGCCCCCGCUGUGCUGGCGGCACAGGGCUCCGGCGGGCGCGGGCAGCCUGUGCGGGCCGCUGCCGUGGCGGCAGCCCCGCCCCAUCGUCGGGGCUUGAGAUCACCUUGGCGUCCCCCGACCUCGUCCAGCGCCGCCGCCGGGCUGGACUGCGCCGGAGCAGCCCGCGCCGCGGCCUCCGGAGCGGACUGCGCCGCCGGAGCAGCCCGCGGCACCGCCCGAGCGGACUGCGCCGUGGCCGCCAGCCGCCGCGGCUGCCUGCGCCUCUGGGCUGGAGCCCCCCGGGGCCCCCGGCCAAGCCGCCGCCGCCGCGGCGACACCCCUGGGUGGUGCGGCUGCCCCCGUCGGAGGCGGAGGCAGUGCAGCCAGCAGCGACGGCCCAGGCGACGAGUCGGUGGGCGACGCCCCGGAUCCCGUGGCAGAGGAGCCAGGCAAGCCCGCAGAGCGGAGGGGCGGCGACGACGAUGUGGGCCCGAGGCGCAAACCGCCCCCAUCAGGCGGCGGCGGCGAUCCCGCCGGGCCGCAGCCAGGGGCGGGUGCCGAGAGGGCGCAGCCCAGCCCGCAGGCGGCAGAGCCACUGCGGCCUCGUCUGGGCCCCACCCGCCUCGGGCAGCCACGGGCGCCGGCGGCGCUGGUGGUGGACCUGGACGAGCGCGUGGGUGGUGGGCGCGACCUGGCGUUCGCGGCGCGCCUCCAGGAGGUCCUGGGCGUGGGCCGAAGGCCGCAGCGCAGCACGGACGAGGUGCAGCUGGCGCUCUGCUCCUCAAGAGCCGGGCGGGCCGGGGCCGACGGCUGGGUCGCUCAGGCGGCCGGCGGCGUGCGCUUGCGGGGGGCCCCGGCAGCGGGCACCAGCGACUCCCCGCUCGGCACUGGCCUCGCAAGCGGGGCGGGCGCCACGGCCAAGCCGAGUGCGCUGCUGAGGGCCGUGCGGCCCCACUUCGGCCGCGGGGGGGGCAGUGCUGGCGCUGUGCAGGGCCGGCCGCUGGCGGCGUCGGCGACAGCAUGCCGGCCUGCGCGAAGAACGAUGCCAGCAUCGCUGGCAGAAGCAGCCCCAUUCGGACUGCGGAGUCGCGCCGCGGCUGCUCAGCCCUACCCACAAAGGGGGUAGAGUUUCUGCACCCGCUCCCAGUUCAUCGCCGAGCCGCCCGCGGGGCUGUCACGGAGCGCCUACCAGAGAGCGCCCGAGAAGGCAACACCAA